UGCUCUAGCAAAGAGUAUCAUCGACAGUUUCCCAUCCUUGAAGGUUCAGAUCGAAGGAAAAGGAGAUGGAUUUGAGCAUUUUUAUGAUCCAUCAUCCCAUUCUGGAUUCUUGGAAAUGAGACUGCGUAACAUCCGUCGUAAGCUAGAAGCAGGUCAGCGUCGUUACACAAAGCGCAAGGUGAGCUGCGACAACAGACCAGAGUCAGAACAGGAACAGGAUGAGAGCAGUGUGACCAGUGAGUGGAUCACCCUCAUGAAACGGCUAAGGCACUCUUCAGAGAACAUUUCUUCAAUCAAGUCAGCAAUGGAGAAGACAUACACUAGGCGUAGAUCAUGGAUAUCAAAGGAGACUCCCACAAUGGCUGAAAUCUUCAGCGAAUACCCACGCUUCUUGGAUAUGCCGAGUCUGCUGGAUAUCGAGUUUGGCAAAAUGAUGGAUGGAAAGACUGACCUGUUCAUCAGACGAUGGGAAGCCAGCAUCAUUCCAAAGUUGAAAGCUGUGGCUGCCAUUGAAAGAAGUGAUGUUGCAUCUCUUACAGAGAGGAUGGAAGACCAAACAGAUGAUGAGAAGUGCUACACAAUGCUGGUUGUCCUCACACAUCUUCUGCCACCAUUACCGGGGAGUCGCUGCAGUGUUAAAUCUGCAAUUUCAUUUCUACUGGAUUUUGUACCGCCUGGAACCAGCAUUGCAUCCCUCUGCAGCGAACCCAAGAUGGCAUCAAGGACCCAACCACAGCUGAUCUGCAUCGGCAAUCUGAAGAGCACAACACGGCAGUACAUCAUCGUCGCGAGAAAUGAUGGAGUGACCAUUCCUGUAGAUGGAGGCCUGACAUGUGCCGUGGACAAGCUAUUCAAGCUCUACUGGGUGUGCAACUUGUCCUAUCCACCACAACUCAGCUCUGUGUUCACCUUCCUUGAAUACAUCUACGAAAUGACCAUCUCAACCAAAAGGAGAGCCAAGGUACUAGAGCUUAUCUCUAAGCUUCAGCUUGCACAGUAGAUCACAAGAGAAUGUACACAUGUCCAAUGUGCAGAC